CGCUGAAGCUACCGCGUCGUGAUUCUGGCGGAGAAACGGCCUUCUAGCGGCAACCGCCGUAUUAGUUCAGCUAAUCGCGGCCGUUCGACAGCCCACCAUCAGUGACCGAAACGCCACCCGGCCGCGAUGCGCAAUAAAAUGUUAGCCGUUCGACGCUGCAGAGCCGCAAGCGUUCUGUACGCUGUUCAUCGGCCUGAGUAGCCUGCAGAAACAACGCUGCCGCUUUAAUCCGAUAUGCCGUUCUCGUUUAGGAUGGCCGUACAGGCUUCCUGCCUCCGUUGAGUAUGCAUUGCGUCAUAGCUUGUUGGUUGUCAAGAACCUAAACGUCCAAUUACUUUGAAAGAUUUCUCUCCUCUACCAAACCUCAUUUCGCUCGAUUCCUAUCCAUUCAUCCUGAGAAUCCGGUUUCAAAAUUUCACGAUGCCUGGUGAAGUGAUAGACCGCCCCAACCCAGAGCCCUCGCCGUCAAAUCUCCCCGACGAUGUCUUGUCUCUUGCAGUCAAAAUUGAGAAAAAGCCGUUGCCGGAGGAUGCAGUCACUUCUUUGAAAGAAUUCAGACGGGCGGCUUGCUACAUUGCGGCUGCUAUGAUAUUUCUGAAGGACAAUUCACUCUUAGAGCGCGACUUGACUUUCGAGGAUGUCAAGCCUCGACUACUUGGCCAUUGGGGUACUUGCCCCGGCCUCAUCCUCGUAUAUUCGCAUCUCAACUACCUUGUACGCAAGCACGAGAUGGACAUGAUCUACGUCGUGGGACCUGGCCAUGGUGCACCUGCGAUAUUGGCAUCUCUCUGGCUGGAGGGUUCAAUGGCCCGAUUCUACCCUGAAUUCAGUCGAGAUCGAAAGGGACUUCACAAACUGAUCACGAAGUUCUCCGUUACUGGCGGUCCGCCUAGCCACAUCAACGCCGAGACUCCAGGCUCUAUCCACGAAGGUGGAGAGCUGGGCUAUGCCUUAGGUGUCUCCUUCGGUGCUGUUAUGGACAAGCCAGACCUGGUUGUAACAUGCAUUGUUGGUGACGGGGAGGCGGAAACUGGCCCAACGGCAACCGCGUGGCACAGCUAUAAGUAUAUCGACCCCAAGGAGUCCGGUGCAGUGAUUCCCAUCGUCCAUGUAAAUGGGUUCAAGAUUAGCGAGCGGACUAUCUACGGUUGUAUGGACAACAAGGAGCUCGCCGCUCUGUUUUCUGGAUAUGGAUAUAAACCUCGUUUCGUCGAAGAUAUCCAAGAUAUCGACACCGAUCUAGGAAACUCGUUAGAAUGGGCCCUUGGUGAGAUCAGACGGAUUCAGAAGGCUGCGCGCGAGGACAAGCCCAUCAUGAAACCACGAUGGCCGGUGAUCAUCAUGCGAACUCCAAAGGGAUGGAGCGGUCCGAAGAAGGUGGACGGGGAGUUCCUUGAGGGCUCUUUCCAUUCUCACCAGGUUCCACUGAUGAAAGCUAAGACUGAUCCUCAGCAUCUUGAAGAUCUGCAGGGCUGGUUGAAGAGCUAUAAUCCCGAGGAGCUAUUCAACAAAGACGGGUCUCCCGUAAAGCGAAUUCUGGAUAUCAUCCCAGAGAACGAUGACAAGAAACUGGGCCAGCUCAAAGAAACCUACGACCCAUAUAUCGACCUCAAGGUGCCGGACUGGACUGGACUAGCUGUCGAAAAAGGAGGUGAGGAGAGCUGCAUGCAGCUGUGUGGUAAACUCAUGGGCAAGGCAUUCCAGGACAAUCCGCGGACCUUGCGGAUAUUUUCUCCCGAUGAGCUCGAGAGCAACAAGCUUGGAGCCGUCUUUGACCAUACUAACCGAAACUUUCAAUGGGAUGAGUUCUCCAAUGGGCGCGGCGGUCGCGUUAUUGAGAUUCUAUCGGAGCACUGCUGUCAAGCCUUCAUGCAAGGCUACACCCUUACUGGACGCACAGCGCUAUUCCCAUCUUACGAAAGCUUUCUGGGGAUCAUUCACACCAUGAUGGUCCAGUAUGCUAAAUUUGGGAAGAUGGCACAAGAGACGUCAUGGCGGCGCCCGAUUGGUAGUCUCAAUUAUCUGGAGACAUCAACUUGGACGCGACAAGAACACAACGGCUUCUCACACCAGAAUCCUUCCUUCAUCGGCGCGAUAUUGAAUCUGAAGCCUACGGCUGCGCGUGUGUAUCUUCCACCCGACGCCAAUUGCUUCCUCUCAACACUUUCGCACUGUCUGAGGUCGAAGAUGUACAUCAACCUCAUGGUUGGCUCCAAACAGCCGUCGCCCGUUUUCUUGUCUCCCAAAGAGGCAGAAGAUCAUUGCCGAGCUGGCGCUUCGAUCUGGGAAUUUGCUAGCGUCGACAAAGGAUUGAAUCCUGAUGUCGUUCUCGUAGGCAUUGGAGCCGAAUUGACAUACGAAGUCAUCAAGGCAGUGGAACUUCUUCGUGAGCUGGCACCAGCACUUCGAAUCCGAGUCGUGAACGUGACGGACCUGAUGGUCUUGGGCACCGAAGGCACGCAUCCGCAUGCCCUCAAUGACCAAGAUUUCGACGCUCUCUUCACUGCUGAUAAGCCAGUGCAUUUCAACUACCACGGCUACGCAUCUGAGUUGAAGGGCCUGCUGUUCGAGCGUCCGCAAAUCCAGCGCAUCACGGUCGAGUCGUACCGUGAGGAAGGAUCUACGACUACGCCAUUCGACAUGAUGCUCUUGAACCACGUCAGCCGUUAUCACGUCAUGGAGUAUGCUCUGCGAGGCGGCGCGAAGUCCAACGAAAAGGUGAGCACGAGUCUGGUGAGUGUGCUUGCGGACAUCAAGCAUAGAGCCCAGAAGACGAGGGACUACAUCUUGGCGGAAGGGGAAGAUCCUGCGGACACGUACAAGAUGCCGCGGCUGGAGGGCAUGAAAAUAGGUGGCGGCGGGGGCGGCGUCAUGUAUGAGGGUUGACGAUCUGCGUACACCCUGUUGACGCUGUCUGGGGUAACCUGAUGAGUUUACUAGUUGUCCAAAUUGCCGAGUUUCUCUCUCAUUUGGAAUGCUGAAAAUACUAUGAAGCUCCUCAUGCAGCGGUAAACGAGUGUACGGAUUUCUAUAACGAGGCAUUGAAUCCUAUUAUGUAGAGCGUUUUCACUUACAGAGAGAGGAGUCGUUAGCAAGCUACUCAGAAGUCAUUCCAGAAUGCCGAAAAAGAAUUUAAGGUUCUCUGGUGUGCUUGGCAACGGCUACGUACAUGUCCCACAGGCUAGACUGUCGUUCGAGUGUUGAGAUGUGGCGUUUUGGAAGCAUAGAAAUCACGUCUAGACCCUCCCGGAGUAAUUACUACACAGCUAACGUGAAAGAAAACGGCGCAGCCCUGCGUCGGAACAAUUAUCCGAUAAAGCGAAUGACAUACGAGGGACC